CUCAGACGGGGAUGGUUUUGGACAAGGACGGCAAGAAGAAACACUCGCGACCGACGUUCUCUGGGCAGCAGAUUUUUGCUUUGGAGAAAACCUUUGAGCAGACGAAAUACUUGGCAGGACCGGAGAGAGCCCGCCUGGCCUAUUCCCUGGGGAUGACCGAGAGCCAAGUGAAGGUCUGGUUCCAGAACAGACGGACCAAGUGGCGGAAGCGGCAUGCGGCAGAGAUGGCCUCGGCGAAGAAGAAGCACGACUCGGAGACGGAGAAGCUGAAGGAGAGCUCGGACAAUGAGGACGAUGAUGAAUACAACAAGCCCCUGGACCCCAACUCAGAUGACGAAAAAAUUACAAGGCUAUUGAAGAAGCACAAAUCCACGAACCUGUCCCUUGUCAGCCCCUGCAGCACCAGCUCGGACACCUUGUGAGGACAUGGGCACCCACGGCUGCACCGUGACGGAGACGAAUUGUAUCUGGAUGUUUAAAGUGGUGUGUUGUACAGCCUAAGAUGUAUGUGAAAUGUAUAUAUUUUUUACAGAAUAAGUUAUGAAAUUAUUUUCCUUCUCAUCGAUGUAAAUUUCAGAGGAAUUUUUCCAACUUUUUGGUUUUUGUUUUGUGUCCUUUUAAGGUUUGCCCCUCUUUCUUUUAGCCUUCUUGCUGAUUUCCUGCUCCUAACAAUCAGAUUUUGUUACAUUUUGUAUGGGUCGCCAAAUCCAAGCUCAGCCACUUUGUAUAUAGUAAAUUUCAGAUUUUGUGAUGU